CUUAAUACCCGAUGUUAUGCUGUAAUGUCCCAUGCCGGACAGGGACACCAUCUUCCGGUACCACCUUAUCAUCUUCUUCAGAGAUUCUUCCCUCCAAUUUUGUCUCUUUCUUUUUCCCUCGGCUAAUACUCAAAUUUUAGAGAUGAUUCGUGGUGCAUAUGAAGGGUUGAUUGCUACACCCGAAAAGUUUAACGAUUUCAUCGAUGGUGAAGAUGAAAGAGUAAGUUCAAAGUUAAGGAAGGGAGUGAGACUAUGGAGAAAAUUAAAAUAUCAGCUUGUAGAGUACAAUUCACUGCCAGCGUACUUGAAAGACAAUGAAUUCAUAUUGGGUUAUUAUCGAUCAGAGUGGCCAUUGAAGCAGAUCUUCCUUAGCAUUUUCUCAAUUCAUAAUGAGACACUUAAUGUCUGGACGCAUUUGAUUGGGUUCUUCCUUUUUCUCUUUCUCACCAUAUACACAGCUAUGAGAGCUCCAAUGGUCGCGGAUUUCAAUUCCGUUCAACAUUUGUCAGAAAUGAUAGGGAAAGCUGAUUUGAAUAAGAUUCGUUUAGAGCUCUUGAAAUGCGUGCCUUCACUGCCCAACAUGCAUGAUCUUCUCAAACUAAAUGACUUGACUACAUCUCUUCAUUCUUUGGAUUUCUCCUCAUUAUCAGGUUGGACUUUUGUGGAACUUCUCACCAAUUGCUUGCCUGAGCAGUUUUCCCUGAAUGGUCUGAAAGAUGUCACCAUGGUAUCCCCCUUAGUAGUACAACCGAUUACAAGGUGGCCUUUCUAUGCCUUCUUAGGUGGAGCCAUGUUCUGCUUGCUAGCCAGCAGCACAUGCCACCUACUCGCAUGCCACUCACAACGCCUUUCCUACAUCAUGCUCAGAAUUGACUAUGCUGGAAUCGCUGCAUUGAUUGCAACUUCAUUUUACCCUCCUGUGUAUUACUCAUUCAUGUGCAACCCUUUUUUCUGCUUCCUCUACUUAGGCUUCAUAACACUAAUGGGGAUAGCCACUAUUAUUUUCUCCCUUCUCCCAUUCUUCCAAAAGUCUGAGUUCAGGAAGUACCGUGCUUCCCUCUUCUUUUUAAUGGGAUUUUCGGGCGUGGCACCCAUAAUACAUAAGCUGAUACUGCACAAGAAUCAACCUGAGGCAUUGCAGACUACAGGGUAUGAGAUAUUAAUGGGAGUUCUUUAUGCUUUGGGAGCUAUAAUCUAUGUUACAAGGAUACCAGAGAGGUGGAUGCCUGGGAAGUUUGAUAUUGCUGGCCACAGUCACCAACUUUUUCAUGUCUUGGUUGUGGCAGGAGCAUACACACACUAUCGUGAUGGGUUAAUCUACUUAAGAUGGAGAGAUUCUCAAGGUUGUUAGGUUGAUACUACUGAAUCUUCUGCAUAGCUAAGCUUCUAGUCUUUCUUUCUGUUGGCCAUCAAUAUUAACUUAGGCGUCAAAUGGAUGAAAAAUGAAUCAACUCAAGCAAAUGAUACCCUACUACAUUGUUUUUUGUUGUGUUGGAUGUUUGAACAUACAAGCCAAGGUACAGCCAAGGGGUGGUGUCACGUUUAUGUCAUUAUGGAAGCCCAAGUUUGUGACAUUUUACGUAUACCCAUUCAUGCAUGUUAUUAAUAUUGGUGGAACUCGCAGAAUAUCAGUGUGUUUGGUUUGGUGGUACAAAACCACCAAGUAUUUGUUGCUUCCAAAAUUGUGGUGAGUUUAAUUCACUACUGAUCCAAUCACACACUAAAUUUUCCCAUAAUCAGGUUAGUUGAUUUUUUGAUGAUCUUUCUCCUUUCAUGAUGCAUGUGUUUGAUCUAGCCACUUCUCAUUUUUUUCAACAGAGAUUCACUUUGUA